AUGCGUUCACGAAAGGUUAAUAGGAGAGGCGAGGAGAAUGUCAAUGGAGAGGGCACUAGUGAGCCAAUAGUGCCGGCUAUCAAUGCGCCGCUUAAUAGUGGACCACCUACGUCUACCCAAAAUGCUUCUGUUUUGGAUGAGGCUGUAAUCAACAAGAUGAUUCAUGCAGCCAUUACUGGGGCCUUUAGGGGGAAUGUGAAAGGGAAAGGACAUGAGGAUGUCUUUGUCGCCUUCACCGGCAGGGCCAAUAAAAGGCCCAAAAAGCAACCAAAGAAAGGUCCAAAUUUUGGACCCAAGAAUAAGGGCUUCAAAAAGCCAAUGGUGAAGGCAGAGAAGACCAAUGCAAAGGGAAAAUAUUUCCACUAUGGAGAAGAUGGACACUGGAAGAGGAACUAUCCUCAAUACCUGAAUAGUCUGAGGAAAGGCAAAGGAAAACUAGCCUCCUCCAAAACAGAAGCAUUUUGGGAUGAAGCUGACUUGAUAGAAAAUACUAUCGAAUUUAUUUUCAAAAUACUGAAUCAUAAGUCCGAAAUUGAUUACAAAGGCCUCGUUGGAGUAAAAUCGAGAAUCAAGGACAUUGAAUCACUACUAUGUAUUGAGUCAAAAGAUAUUGUCAAAUUGGUAGGAAUUUGGGGAAUGGGAGGUAUAGGCAAGACAACUCUUGCUCGUGCAGUAUUUGCCAAACUUGCAAGUCAGUUUGAAAGUGCCUACUUUCGAGGAAAUGUGAGGGAAGAGGUGAAAAAAUCUACAUCAAAUUAUUUGAGUGAAAAACUUCUUUCUGCAUUAUUAGAGGACCGAUGGGCCAUUUUAGAGUCCACCUUCACUAAAGAUAGGCUUCGUAGUAAGAAGGUUCUAAUAGUUUUUGAUGAUGUGACAUGUGUAGAGCAAAUGAAAAAUUUAAUCGGAGAUCCUGAGUGUUUAGGUCUUGGAAGUCAAAUAAUAAUAACAUCAAGGGAUAGACAAGCACUUCAAGUUUGUGGAGUGAGUCAUGAUAAUAUAUAUGAGCUUAAGGGAUUAAUGGAUAAUGAAGCUCUUGAACUUUUCAGUCGACAUGCCUUUAAGCAGGAGUAUCCUCCAAUAGGUUACGAGGAGCUAUCAAUAAGGGUAGCAACAUUCGCUGAUGGUGUUCCAUUAGCUCUUAAAGUUUUGGGUGGCUUACUUUUUGGCAAGCCAAAGUCAGUAUGGGAAAGUGCCUUGUGUGACUUACAGGGAAAUCUAAAUCCAACAAUCCAAGAUGUGUUGAAAAUAAGUUACAAUGGACUUGAUUGUCAAGAGAAAAAAUUAUUUCUAGAUAUUGCAUGCUUUUUGGAAAAAGCUAAAAACAAAUUUAAACGUCUUCCAAUAGAAAUUCUUGAUGUCAUUCAGUUUGUCUCCGACUUGAGAGUAAGUAAUCUCAUUGACAAGUUUCUCGUAACUAUAGAAUACAAUGAGAUAGAUAUGCAUGAUUUAUUACAACAAAUGGGGCGAACAGUAGUCGAGCAAGAAUCUAAAGAUCCAGGUAAACGCAGCAAAUUAUGGCGUCAUGAUGAUAUCUAUCAAGUGUUAAGAAGAAACACGGUGAGAGACUAA